AUGCCGUACUCGCUCACGGUCAAGAAGACCGAGGGCAAGCCGGGCCAGGUCUACUACCCUCUCCAACUCAACACCGUCCCCAUACCCACCCCAGGUCCGGGCCAACUCCUAAUCAAACUCUCCGCGGCCGCCCUCAACCACCGCGACCUAUUCAUCCGCCAACAACUAUACCCCGGCAUCUCCUUCACCUCCCCACUCCUCGCAGACGGUUACGGCAUCGUCACAGCCGCAGGCUCCAACUCCCACCCCCUCCUGCACAAACCCGUCCUCCUCGUCCCCACCCGCGGCUGGGCCUCCGACCCGACAGGUCCCGAAGACCUCGCCAAAAACUUCACCAUCCUCGGCGCCUCCCGCCUAGCCGAAGGGCUCGGCACUGCGCAGGAAUACAUCGUUGUCGACGAAGCCGAUAUCGUUCCUGCCCCGGCCCACCUCACCCCCACCGAAGGCGCGGCGUUGCCGCUUGUUGGGGUUACCGGCUGGCGGGCGCUGGUCAGUAAGAGCGGGAAUGCGGAGCCUGGGCGGAAUAUACUGAUCACGGGGAUUGGGGGUGGCGUGGCGUUGCAGGUGCUGCAGUUUGCGGUGGCGAAGGGGUGUAAUGUGUAUGUGACGUCUGGGGAUGAGGGGAAGAUUGAGCGGGCGGUGGGGUUGGGGGCGAAAGGCGGGGUGAAUUACCGGGAGGGUGAUUGGGAGAAGAAGUUGGGGGGGUUGUUGCCUAAGGAUAGGCCGUAUUUGGAUGCGGUUAUUGAUGGCGCGGGUGGGGAGGUGGUGAGUAAAUCGGUGCGGUUGUUGAAGCCGGGGGGUGUGAUUUCGUCGUAUGGGAUGACGGUUGGGCCGAAGAUGGAUUGGGUGAUGCAGGCGACGCUGAAGCAUAUUGAGUUGAAGGGUACGACGAUGGGGUCGAAGAGGGAGUUUGAGGAGAUGGUGGCGUUUGUGGAUGAGCACAAGAUUCGGCCGGUGGUUAGUCGGGUGGUGAAGGGGUUGGAUAAUGUGGAGGGGAUUGAUGGGUUGUUUGAGGAUAUGAAGGCUGGUCGGCAGUUUGGCAAGUUGGUCAUUCAGAUUGAUGGGGAUGAUUCGUCGUCGAAGUUGUAG